GGUAGUUAGGUUGUUCGGGAUGUUCUCCCAUAUUUCGGCUCUCUUGGUUUACCGUGUUUUGUUCUGACAUAGGCUCUCAAGAGACAGCCCUGAGCAGGCGAUAGUGUGAUAGCGUUCCUCGACCUUCUCACCCACUCCACUGAGUAUGCUGGAGGGGAAGAAAAUGAAACCUUCAAAGGUUUCCACGCAGACAUCGGCUGCGGCAUCAAAGAUCAAGAACAAGAUGCUCAACACGUCGUCGUUCUUCAAGGUCUCGUUGAAGACCAACAACAAGGACUUAGCUCUGGCUCUGCAGGUGCAGAAGGAGAGGAGCCGGCAGCUGGAGAUGGAGAGCAUGUACCUGAAGAAGCAAGUGGAGGCUCUGUGCUUUGAGCUUGCUGCCAGGAGAUACAAGCACAGGAAACUGCUCCUCAUCCUGAAAGAGCUCCGGAGCAACACUCUGCAUCACUUGGGCAUGGUGGCUGACCUUUUCUCCUCUGACAGUGAUCUCGCUGAGCUGUCUGAUGACUGCAACAGGCCAUCUGUUGGCACCAAGGAAGACGAUAUUCAGAUGGAAAGGCUUGCAGAUCAGGUGCCUGUUCAGCCAAAACUUUCAAGGGAUGAGAUCUCUCCCACUAAACAUACAACAGUGGACUCACCGGAGAAAAACACCUUGACCAACCUCUUAAGUAUCCAGAGCAGACCUAGCAAGACCAGUGAUUCUUGUGAAGAUUGCAAAAACAACACUGAAAUCCAUUUGGGCCCAGAAAUACAAGUUCUCCAGACACAAACGUACCGCCAGUCUAACAGCCUGAGGGAUCAAGUAGAGAGAUUGUCGAAGAUUUUCUCUCAGUCUCUAGGUGAUAUCGAUCCAGUGCCGUGUCUUCAAAACAGCCAUAUCCCCUCAGUUGUCAACUCAUCUGACAAGUCACAGCCAUCUAUCUCUGAUGGUUCCAAUCAUCCACGUCGCUCAGUCUUGGCAACUGAACUGGAGCAUGAUAAUGGACAAAAGACAGUGCUUCUGAAUGCAACAAUGGACAUGACUAUAGGAGAUGCUGCUGAAAUAAUAACUGUGGAAACCAAGGGCAAAAAAAUCAGUAACUCUUGCAAAUUGAAAAAGAAGAAAAACACACAUGCAAAAGAUGUAGCGGCUGUGAAGGCAGCAAAGGAAGACAAAGGAAAUAAAGAGCAAGCUAGUGCUGCUGAGGUGCCACAGGCAAAGAGCUCUGAAGACUCCAGGCAGACUGAGAUACAGUGUGCACCCACUGCCACUUUGUCUGAGACAGAGAACUCUACACAGGAGGCCUUUACAGAUACUGAGGUCAGUGAGUUUCAGCCAGCAAAGUUACAAGUUAGGACUCAUAUUACUUCUCGUAUCCCUAAACUGAAGAAGUCAGAGGCUGGCAAAUGUCAGACAACAUUGGAGGAAAAUUCCAAGUCGUCGGAGCCAACAGAGUCAAUGUCACAGGGUCACAACAGUGUCUCACAUGAGAAAGAUGAUUAUUUUAUGGAUCCAGAAAUUCAGCGCUUCACAGCAAAAGAAAGUUCAAAAUCUUCAUCAGAGAAAGAUACUCUAGAAGAGGCAAAGCCCAAGAGUAAAUGCCAGAAGAUUUCUUUCAUUUCAAAAAAAGAGCAGACGAUCACAAGGAAGACCUUUGUCAUCUCAAGGGAUUUGCCAUCACAUGAAAGAGUCAUGAGCAUAACUUGCAGUGAAAGUCAGCAGUCCAGAACUGGGAUUGGUCACCAGAAUCCUGACCUUGAGGAAGAACAUGGUGGAAAAUAUGAAUCAUUCCAAGAUCAACAAUCCCAUGACGAGAUCCUGGCUUGUGCAGAUGACCGUGUCACACAGCUAGACUCAGAGCGUGUGCACCGUCUCUCACUCAGUGGCAGCAAACCUCAAGGGAAAACACAGACUCCAACAAAUUCUGGAAGAAACCAUAAAACAAGAUGCAGAGGGACAUUUGUUGUCUCAGUGACCAGACAGAGCUCCUCAUCAAACAGGGAAUCAUCAGAAGUUGGUGCUGCAGAGCCUGUAUUUACUGCUACGGAAUACAAAUGUAUGGCAGAAGAAUCACAAGAAGUCACAGAUACCAGUCUUGUGUGGCGACUUUCUGAACCAGGGCACAGUGAUACAGAUCCUGUCAAGGAAACACAGAGCUCCUGUAAGCGUCCUUGGGGGGCUACUCAGGACCAAGAGGCCACUCCAGAGGACUUCUGUAGCAAAAAUAACCAUGAAAUACUGCCAUUGGAUAAUGGGUCUACUACCACCACAGAGUUUCAGCGACCUAAAAAGGCCCGGAGAGAGAAAACAGGACGAAUCAGCAAGAAGACAGCCCCACAGACGGAGGAGUCUGUUGAACCUCUGAAUGACAAAAAAAAGAAGAAUAAGAAACACAGCCAAAGAACCCAAGGAUUUAUGUCUCAGGAUGGUGCAUGUUCUCUUCAGGAUUCCAGUGAUACCAUAAUUCUCCAAGGCAGAGCAACUGAAAUUUCUGAUCAUAGAACAAAUAAAGGAGAAGUUAAUGUCUUACAAGUGGCUGACUUAUGUGAAGAGGAUGAAAACUUUGAACAUUCAUAUGGGUCCCCAUUCAGCAACUCAAAGCACAGGAUGAGUCAGAAGCCAAAACAGCACCGGGAGACAAACAAACUGCAUACACCCACACAAGCCACAAAUCCAUCUGAUCGCUCCAGACUAAAAAGGGAGACGUUUGUUGUCUCUGCUUGCAAAUCUCAAGACAGCGUUUCAUUCACCACCAGUUUUAGGGCAUCUAAUGUGUCUUCGGCCUACAGUCACACAGCAGACGCAGGCGGUGAGGCAGUUCAUCAGAGUGUUGGAGACCUGCUGAUGGACGAGAUGCCGCCAUGGGUGGCCAUGGAUGUCAGCGCUGCUGGCACUGAGCUGGACUACCCGGCCUCUAGUCCCAAGAGGGUGACCUCCGGCAGGGUAGCAGUAUACGAGGAGCCUGCUGAAACCACAGCUGAAGCCUCUCCAGCAGGAAAAGUGCUGACAUCUCUGACUAACACCAUCACAACCACAGAUGAUGGAGGUACAGGGCGCACAAGGAGACGUAAUGCCAAUGUCAGCUACAAGGAGCCGCCCCUCAACUGCAAAAUGAGGCGUGGAGACAAGUUCACUGAUACCGAGUUCCUGAGUUCUCCGAUAUUUAAGGAUGGCAAAAAGAAGAGACAAAAGAAGACCCAUGAAUCCAAGACCCAAAAUUAGAGACACCUCCCUUUGUGGAUUGAUUUACCUUAGUUUGUUUUAAUUCAUUGCUUUUUUUUAAUGCUUGAAUAAAGCCUUGUUCUUAAGGAAAACUAAGCAUGUUUUCAAGAUUGGACAAAGACUUUAUAUGCAUCUGUAAUAUGCACACAUUACAGACUUUCUGAUUUGUAUUUUCUGAUGACCAGGCACUUCUGUCAGUUUCCCAGUGUUGUCUGGUUGGUAAUAGUUAGAGAGAUUGACAGGAGGUUGGGCCGUAAAUUAUUCAGCCCAGGCUGUUCACCUGAGAAGGCUGCUCUCCUGGGUCCAUACAGCUUUUGACGACAAGAGUUCCUUAGAGAGACUGCUAGCUGCAGUCUCGUUUGACCACCUGCAGUAUGUUUAGGAGUGUGUAUUUUCAUGUAAAUUGAGGUACUGCAACCUGUUUUUUGGAGCUCAGCUGUGUCUGAUCAUACAGAAUUGUGUGGUGAGUACGGACACUGGUCAUGAUGUAUUCACCCUCUGAUGUGACAGGAAUGAUUUUGUGUAAGUUUUUUUUUUUUUUUUUUUUUUUUUUAACAAGGAAUAAAUUACAUAUUCUUUGA